AUAUAUUCCUUACCCACCCAACCCAUACGAUUCCUCUUCUAUAAACCCUAAGUCUCCACAAAAACUCCAUUAGCUCAAAGCAGCCUCUGCGCAUCCAAGUCUCAAAUCCAAAAAUGAAGGUUGUCGCUGCGUACUUGUUGGCCGUGUUGGGAGGCAACACAACUCCUUCCGCUGAGGACUUGAAGAACAUCCUCGGAUCAGUUGGGGCUGAAGCUGAUGAUGAUAGAAUUGAGUUGCUCUUGUCUGAAGUCAAGGGAAAAGAUAUCACAGAGCUGAUUGCAGCUGGUAGGGAGAAGUUGUCAUCAGUGCCUUCUGGUGGCGGCGCUAUUGCUGUUGCUGCACCUGGUGGUGGUGCUGGUGGAGCUGCUCCUGAAGCUGCUGCUGCCGAGUCAAAGAAAGAGGAGAAAGUGGAAGAGAAAGAGGAGUCUGAUGACGAUAUGGGUUUCAGCCUCUUUGACUAAGAGAUUGGACUGGCUGGUUGUGUGUAUGAAGGCUCUUUUAAUCUAGCGCUUUUGAUAGAAUGUUACUAGUUUUUGUCUGUAGUUGGGUAUGGUUUUAGAUGUUGAUGAGCUAUGGUAUUUUUUUGGCUUGGAUAACAAAGUUAUAUCAGACAUUUCUUUUAUAAUUGUUAAAUUUUGGAUUUCUGUUAAACAUUUUAGUUAUAAUUGCUAAAUUUUUGGAUUUCAUCAUUUGA